AUGACUAUCUUGUACCAUCUGGGAAAGGCUAAUAUUGUGGCCGAUGCUUUGAGUAGGAAGGCUAUUAGUAUGGGAAGUCUCGUGGCGAUUAAUGUUGAUAGGAGGCCUUUGGCUAAAGAUCUUCAGAGGUUAGCUAAUAUCCUUGUUCGAUUGCGAGUUUCUGAGAAGGGUGGAGGAUUCAUUGCUUCUAUUGAUGCCCGCUCUUCCUUAGUUGAGCAAAUUGGAGAGAGGCAUUUUGAUGGUGAAAGGUUAUGUCUCAUUCGAGAUAAGGUGUUGAGGGCAAAGAUGUAUCAUGACCUUAGUCAGCAUUACUGGUGGUGUGGAAUGAAAAGGGACAUCGUAGAGUUUGUGUCCAGGUGUUUCACCUGUCAACAGGUCAAGUGUGAGCACCAGCGGCCUGGAAGUGCUCUACAGGAGGGCCUGGGCACUAGGCUUCAUAUGAGUACAACUUUUCACCUAAAGACUGAUGGUCAGUCCGAACAGAUGGUUCAAGUGUUGGAGGAUAUGCUCCGAGCUUAUGUUAUUAAUUUUGGUGUUAGGUGGUGUCGAUCUCUUAUUGAGUGGUUCGACUCCUUUGAGAUAGACUCUUUAGACAUGGACUUUCUUAGAGAUGCCAUGAAGAAGGUUCGAAUUAUCCAGGGUAGACUCUUGAUAGCCCAGAGUCGAGUGGGAGAGGUGGCUUACAAAUUAGCCUUGCCACCUAGCUUAUCGGUGGCACAUCCUGUAUUUUAUGUUUCUAUGCUCCAGAAGUAUGUAACAGAUGAGUCUCAUGUGUUAUCUCUUGACACGGUGAAGUUGGGUCCAUAUUUAACCUUUAAGAAGGAGCCCAUAGCUAUCCUUGAUAGACAGGUCCAAAAGCUUAGGACCGAGGUGAUAGCUUCAGUAAAGGUACAAUGGAGGCACCGCUCAGUCGGAGAGGCGACUUGA